AUGCAAACACCUAGGUUUGAUAUGCUAAAUGAUGCCACUGUUUCUGGAUUAUUAGAUGAGCAAGGUAAUUGGGAUGAGGAGAUCCUGCAUGAUUUAUUUGAGCCUGUUGAUAUAAGACGAAUCCUUGCAACUCCAGUAUCACUCCAAUUUAAGGAUACUUGGCGUUGGGUUGGGGACUUAAGAGGUAUGUACUCGGUCAAAAAUGGAUAUCAACUUCUUACUUCUCAAUCCAUGGCUGUCGAGUUGAAUGUCGCUUUCUCUGCAUGGGAUAGGUUAUGGAAGCUUCCAGUUUCUCCUAAAGUUAAAAAUCUACUAUGGAGGUGUGCUCGUAACAUUGUUCCGGUUCGUGAUGUUCUUAAGCAAAAGCAUGUGUACAUUGGUGGUGGUUGUCCUUUAUGUGCUAACGCGGUUGAGACAGUUGAGCAUUUAUUCUGCAUGUGCGAAGUUGCUAGUCAAGUUUGGGGGGUACGUAAUGAUAGGGUCUGGAAGAAUGUUAUUACUAGAAUUGAGAAUAUUAGUUUGCAGAUCCAGAGCUUACAACUCAACUGGAUGGAAUCAUUUUUAAAUCCCAAUGUCAAUGAACCUGUUAAUAUCCCCAUUGUUUGGUUCCCCCCUCCUCAAGGAUUUUUGAAGUGUAAUGUUGAUGCAGCGAUAUUUGAUGAUGGGGCAGGUUAUGGUGCGGUUCUUCGUGAUCAUCAAGGAAGGUUUGUGGCAGCCAGGUGUGAUCGUUUAACAUCGAUUCGAGAUCCUUUUUUGGCUGAAGCGCUAGCAGUUAAAGAAGCAUUGUCUUAG